UUUGAUGAUUUCUUUUGACUCUACAUACACAUAUCUGAAAAUGUUCAUGUUACGUUGUCUUGCAUUUAAGUAAUGGACGAUAUGGACUUAGUCAAAAACAAUAUCUACCGUUCUUACCACACCGCUGGAAUAUACAAUUAAAGCUUAGCUUGAUCUCCAUUACAAAAAAAUGUUUGUUAAAAUUAAAUUGGAACCUCAAAGUACUCGCUCGACUCUAAAGAAAAAUACUCAAAGUACAUAUUUUGAGAUAGGCGACAAUACAACUUUGGCUGAGUUAAAGAAAAAAAUCGAGCAACAUGUUGAUGUGCCUGCAGAAAGGCAACAAAUUCGAACUCUGACAGAAUCGUUUGACGGUCGAGAUUCCGCCAAGAUUCAGGAUAUUUGUAAAAUCCAAGAGGUAAAAGACACGUCGGUUUGGCUGCUUCACGCAUACGACGAAUUUGGUGACUACGAAGAGACAACAUUUGUUUGCUUUCUCCAAAUCUAUAACAAUGAGUUGGGUCUGCGACAACAGGAGAUGGAAAAACGAGUGCUGAGCAACCCCAAAAUGGGAGAGAGAAUAUCAAAGGCCUGUGGCUCGACUGCAUCAAUGGGAACACUUGUUAUUGAGUCGGAGACCGAUUCGCCUUCAGACACUGAUACGAGUCAAAGCGAUAGUCAGUCGGAAUGUAGCAGCAGCAGUGAGAAUUCAAGCAGUUGCCAAUCCUUCAGAGGGACUAGUAAGAAGCGUCAAAAAGACCUCACACCAGAAAACAAGCCCAAAAGGUUAAAAUCAACGCCGGUCAUUGACAAACCUUCACCGACGCUGUGCCAGUAUUUAGAUGAAUUCCCGAAAUGCAAUGAUCUUCCUACCGUCACCAUCGACAAUCGUGGGAAAACUGAUAGUAAUGUGGAAGACGCUUCUUCAGCUAAAAGGCCAAUUGAUGAUAGACGAAUUUAUGAAGAUGAAGAGGAUGCGGCUAAAGCAAAUUCAACUUCGAUUCCUCCUGGUGAGGCAAAUGUCGUUCGUGCCCCUGCAGAAACCCCUAAAUUGGAUGAUAAUUCACCUGACAACAAAAAACUGAAAAAUAUUUCGGAUAUAAGUUCUACGACUACGGAUGUCCGCCACCCCUGUCAUGAUAUUGCACCAGAAAAUCGCCAAUUCAUGUUGGUUCUAUCCAAAAGUGACCCCAUUAGCAAACACUCGCAGUGUGAAAUAUUACUCGAUUGGUUUUUUGAUCAAUUUCAAAGGUGUGAGUCUUCGGACCAACUGCAGUUUAAUAAGGAUGCAUUUACCCUUUUCGAGGGCAAUAUAUGGAUUUCUUGUUUGAAUAAAAAUACCUAUGAUUGGGUUACAUCAUGCCUGGAGAAAUUUCACGAAACUUUUAUAAUCGGCUCACUGAACAGAGGCAUCUUGUGUGAAGUCGUUAUACCUAUAAUAUCGAAUUCGAAAAAGCUACUCGAUAUUUUUGAUCUUCUUGAGAAACAGAAUCCAAAUCUGAGCACAUUACAAUGGUGCGUUACGAAUAGAAAAAUUCUGUCGCCGGAGGAGAACUCGAAAAGUGUUUCCUCAUUCUGUACAAAUGAGUUGUUUACAAUAAUAAUAGACAAGAUGUCUAUGGCGGCGCUUAAGACAUUUAACUUGAGACUAAAGUAUUGUUUCUGGCAAAUCGAAUUUAUUGUUUUAUGAAUUGCGCCUUUUGAAACUCUUCGCCGAAAUACAUAAUAUUACCCGGAGUUCUAGUUAUACACAUUAAUUCUAUCACAACUUACCAUAUUUAAUUUUCAAACUAAAUUCAUAAAAUAAGGGUUUCUUCGGUCUCAUCACAAGGUGAUAACGAAGAAAUUAAAAUCCAUGUUUGUAGCUAAUAAUGAGUUUUGGAAUAAACAAAUGAAAUUACUGCCUU